CGAUCUUCCUGCAUCUUACCUGUCACUCCUUAAACCCUUCUUCCUCAACCUACCUUAAUUCUCUCUUUACAUAUAUUAAUUCCUUUUCCCCCGCCUGUCACCUUCUAUGGUUUUGGUUUUCCGUUCGUUACAUCUUGUUAUUAAUUCGAGACUAGACGUCUCUGGACAUCUUUAAUCAUGUCUCUCCUGGGGACAAUAAACCCUAAUCUUAAUCCUGCACGCACGGUAGGAGCCCAGGGCUCCCAAGAUCCCGAGAACGAGGUGGAAGCCGCUGCCCGCGAGACCGUCCACCACACCGAAGACUAUGAAGAAUCCUACGAGAUGCAAGACGCCGGCGAAGGCUCCAGCAAGGACGACAUCAAGAUGAAGGGUCGGGAUCGCAGCAGCAGCUUGAGUUCCGCCGAAACGGCCCUCGAGAAGGCUCCCGACGGCACCGACGACGAAAUCCGCGAGGAGGAGAUCCAUCGUCUGGCGCGGCGCCUGACUCGCAACUCGACCCGAUUCUCCACGACCGGUCUGGAGAACCCGUUCAUCGAGUCCAAGGAGGACUCGACGCUGAACCCGCACGGCCCCAACUUCAAGUCGAAGCACUGGAUGAAGAACCUGCUUGCUUUGUCUUCUCGCGACCCGGCCCACCGCAAGCGCGAGGCUGGCAUCGCUUUCCGAAACCUCAGCGUUCACGGUUACGGUAGCCCCACGGACUACCAGAAGGAUGUCUUCAACGCGGUCUUCCAGGUCGCUGCUCUUGCUCGUGCAAUCGCUGGCUCGGGAAAGCAGAAGAUUCAAAUUCUUCAAGACUUCGCCGGUGUUGUUAAGAGUGGCGAGAUGCUGGUCGUUCUUGGUCGGCCUGGAAGUGGUUGUUCCACCUUCCUGAAGACCCUGGCCGGUGAAAUGAACGGUAUCCACAUGGACGCCAACGCUGAGAUAAACUACCAGGGUAUCCCAGCCAAGCAAAUGCGGAAGCAGUUCAAGGGUGAAGCCAUCUAUACCGCAGAGACCGAUGUGCAUUUCCCUCAACUGUCUGUUGGCGACACCCUGAAGUUUGCCGCCCUCGCUCGGUGCCCCCGAAACCGCAUCCAGGGCGUCUCCAAGGAGCAGUAUGCCCUGCACAUGCGAGACGCCGUCAUGGCCAUGCUUGGUCUGUCGCAUACGAUCAACACCAAGGUCGGUAACGAUUUCGUCCGAGGUGUCUCCGGUGGUGAGCGCAAGCGUGUCAGUAUCGCCGAGGCCACCCUCAGUGGCAGUCCGCUCCAGUGCUGGGACAACAGUACUCGUGGAUUGGAUAGUGCAAACGCCCUGGAGUUCUGCAAGACCUUGAACCUUAUGACGAAAUAUGCCGGUGCGACGGUCGCCGUGGCCAUCUACCAGGCGUCCCAGAGCGCGUACGAUGUCUUCGACAAGGUCACGGUCUUGUACGAAGGCCGACAGAUCUACUUUGGCCGCACCGACGAGGCCAAGGACUUUUUCGUCAACAUGGGAUUCGAAUGCCCCGACCGUCAGACCACCGCCGAUUUCUUGACUUCCCUUACCAGCCCGUCGGAGCGUGUUGUCCGCAAAGGAUAUGAUGGCAAGGUCCCCCGCACGCCUGACGAGUUCGCUGCCGCCUGGAAGAACAGUGCUGCGUACCAGAAGUUGAUGCAAAAGAUCGAUGAGUACAACCAGGAAUUCCCCGUUGGUGGUGAGUCGUUGGAUCAAUUUAUCGAGUCCCGCAAGGCUAUGCAGGCAAAGAACCAGCGUGUCGGUUCUCCUUACACCGUCUCUCUUUGGGAACAGGUGAAGCUUUGCAUGGUCCGAGGUUUCCAGCGUCUCCAAGGUGACGCUAGUCUGACAAUGUCCCAACUGAUUGGUAACUUCAUCAUGGCCUUGAUCAUCGGAAGUGUCUUCUUCCGAAUGGAGGACGAUACUUCUAGCUUUUAUUCCCGUGGAGCUUUGCUCUUCUUCGCCGUUUUGCUUAAUGCCUUUUCUAGUGCGCUGGAGAUCUUGACUUUGUACGCCCAACGUCCCAUUGUCGAGAAACAGUCCCGUUACGCCAUGUACCACCCCUUCGCCGAAGCUAUUGCCUCGAUGUUAUGUGAUAUGCCCUACAAAAUUCUUAAUACGAUCAUCUUCAACAUCACGCUCUAUUUCAUGACUGGUCUACGCCAGGAGGCGGGCGCUUUCUUCACGUUCCUGCUCUUCUCCUUCGUCACCACCUUGACCAUGUCCAUGCUGUUCCGUACGAUCGCCUCUUCGUCUCGCAGUCUGUCUCAGGCUUUGGUGCCUGCCGCCAUCCUUAUUCUCGGUCUGGUCAUCUACACCGGUUUCACCAUCCCCACGAGAAACAUGCUCGGGUGGUCCCGCUGGAUGAAUUACAUCAACCCGAUCGCUUAUGGUUUCGAAAGUUUGAUGGUCAACGAAUUCCACGGCCGGACUUUCGAUUGUGGCCAAACGGAUUUCGUCCCGCGUGGUGAUGGUUAUACCAACGCGGCGUACCAAGUUUGCUCCCAGGUUGGAUCAGUUGCUGGUGUGACUACGGUCGAUGGAACCACGUAUCUUGGCCAGAGCUUCCAGUACUUCCGCAGCCACAAGUGGAGGAACCUGGGUAUUAUGAUCGCGUUCAUGAUCUUUUUCAUGAUUACUCACCUUGCCACCACCGAGUACAUCUCCGAGGCCAAGUCCAAGGGUGAAGUCCUGCUCUUCCGUCGUGGCCAGGCUCCUCGCAACCCCGAAGAUGUCGAGACCAGCACUGGCGUCGGCGCUUCGCAGAAGACGGACGAAUCUGGCCAGCGUGAGACCGCGGCUAUUCAGCGACAGGAGGCUAUUUUCCACUGGCAAGACGUGUGUUAUGAUAUUAAGAUCAAGAACGAGCCCCGACGUAUCCUUGACCACGUUGAUGGCUGGGUGAAGCCUGGAACUUGCACUGCUCUUAUGGGUGUUUCCGGUGCCGGUAAAACUACGCUUCUGGACGUUCUCGCCACGCGUGUCACGAUGGGUGUCGUGUCCGGUGACAUGUUGGUUGACGGUCGCCCUCGGGACCAGUCUUUCCAGCGGAAAACAGGUUACGUGCAACAACAGGAUCUUCAUCUUCAUACCACCACCGUGCGAGAGGCGCUGCGCUUCAGUGCUAUCCUGCGCCAGCCCGCCCACGUCAGUCGUCAGGAAAAGCUCGACUAUGUCGAGGAAGUCAUCAAGUUGCUUGGCAUGGAAACGUACGCCGACGCUGUUGUCGGUGUUCCUGGUGAAGGUCUGAACGUUGAACAACGCAAGCGUCUUACCAUCGGUGUCGAAUUGGCCGCCAAACCCCAGCUCCUUCUGUUCCUCGACGAGCCCACCUCCGGUCUUGACAGUCAAACUUCCUGGUCUAUUCUUGAUCUCAUCGAUACCUUGACUCAGCAUGGACAGGCCAUUCUCUGCACUAUUCACCAGCCCUCCGCCAUGCUCUUCCAGCGUUUCGAUCGCCUUCUGUUCCUCGCCCGGGGUGGAAAGACCGUGUACUUCGGUGAUAUCGGUGACAGGUCUUCUACGCUCUCCAGCUAUUUCGAGAGGAACGGUGCCCCGAAGCUGCCCGCCGAUGCCAACCCCGCCGAAUGGAUGCUCGAAGUCAUUGGUGCUGCGCCUGGAUCUCACAGCGACAUCGAUUGGCCGGCCGUCUGGCGUGAGAGUCCCGAGCGCAAGGGUGUUCUGAACCACCUCGCCGAGCUGAAGUCUUCCCUCUCCCAGAAAUCGGCCGAGCCCACCAAGACGGACGCAGGCAGUUACAACGAGUUCGCCGCCCCCUUCUCGGUUCAGCUGUACGAGUGCUUGGUCCGUGUGUUCUCCCAGUACUGGCGAACUCCCGUCUACCUCUACUCGAAAGCCACGCUCUGUGCCCUUACCGCUCUGUACAUCGGAUUCUCCUUCUUCCACGCCCAGAACACCAAGCAGGGUCUCCAGAACCAGAUGUUCAGUAUCUUCAUGUUGCUGACCAUCUUCGGUAACCUGGUGCAACAAAUCAUGCCUAACUUCUGUACCCAACGUGCCUUGUACGAAGCUCGUGAGCGACCUUCGAAGACCUACUCCUGGAAGGCAUUCAUGACCGCCAACAUCAUCGUGGAGCUUCCGUGGAACGCAUUGAUGAGUGUCAUCAUUUUCGUCUGCUGGUACUACCCCAUCGGUCUCUACCGCAACGCCGAACCCACCGAUGCCGUCCACGAGCGUGGCGCCCUGAUGUGGCUGCUCAUCCUGUCCUUCCUCCUGUUCACCUCGACAUUCGCACACAUGAUAAUCGCCGGUAUCGAACUCGCCGAAACAGGUGGUAACCUAGCCAACCUGUUCUUCUCCCUCUGCCUGAUCUUCUGCGGUGUUCUCGCCACCCCCGAAACCCUCCCCGGCUUCUGGAUCUUCAUGUACCGCGUGUCCCCCUUCACCUAUCUCGUGUCCGGGAUGCUCUCGACCGGAGUCUCCGGCACGGAUGCCAUCUGCGAGAGCGUCGAAUUCCUCAAGUUCACGCCCCCGCCCGACACCACCUGCCAGGACUACAUGAGUCCCUACAUCAAGCUCUUCGGUGGAUACCUCGACAACCCCCAGUCCACCAGCGACUGCUCGUUCUGCGCCAUCAGUAAAACCGACACCUUCUUGGCCGGCGUGCACAGUGACUUCAACGAGGCCUGGCGCAACUUCGGCCUCAUGUGGGUCUACAUCGUGUUUAACAUCUUUGGUGCUGUGUUCAUUUACUGGCUUGCUCGGGUCCCGAAGGUCAAGAAGACCAAGAAGGAUUAAAUCAUUGUUAUAUUAUGAUUUUGUGAAGGUUUAUUUCUUUUGAUUUAGAUUGUGGAUAGAUUUUUUUUGGAUCGCCUUCACUUACCCUUGCAUGUUUAUAAAGUGCCUAGAACAUACUUUUUUUUCUUCCACUUUUGGUCUUUCUUUCGUCACUCUCUUUAAGUUCGUUUACCGAUUGUUAGACUGCUCGAUUUGAUUCUUUCUUGUCUUGUCAAUUUGGUUGCAUCUAUGUCAGCGUACAUCAUCCAUUGGCAUUGGCAUUGGCAUUGACAAAAAUUGGGCUUGGUCCCUACCCCACGCAUUGCAUUACAUUCUUGUCUUUCUUUUACUCUUUUUGAUUGAACACUCUUCUCUUUGAUUUGCUUCUGAGCUACCUGUCAUUUAUAUAUACAAAAACACAUACAUACAAUAUACAUUGUACAUUCAAUUAGC